AUGGAGAGGUUUAUCCGUCCGGUCUCGAAACAGUUGUUGAAAUCGUCGCGGCCGCGUUAUCCCUUCCGUCUUCCGCCGCCGGUUUAUGCGAAGCGGUUGUAUAGCAAUAUGGGGCAUACGGUACCUCCGUUGAAAGACAAGUCGCUCUUCAUUGAGAAGGCUUACGUCAAUGGGGAGUGGGUUGGUGCUGAGUCUGGGGAGACGUUCGAGGUACAUGACCCUGCUUCAGGCUUGCUCAUCGGAACGUGCCCCGAGUUCUCCUCCGCAGAUACCGAGAAGGCCAUCCUGGCGGCCAAGGAAGCCUUCCCGGCCUUCCGGAAGACUCUGGCCCGCGAGCGCGCGCGCAUGCUGCGCCGCUGGUACCAGCUGAUGGUGGAUAACGCGGACGACCUGGCGACGUUGAUCACCUGGGAGAACGGCAAGCCCUUUGCCGACGCCAAGGGCGAGGUCAAUUACGCUGCCGGGUUCUUCGAGUGGUUCAGCGAGGAGGCGCCCCGCAUCUACGGCGACACGAUCCCGUCCUCGAUCGCAGGCAACCGGGUCAUCACGCUCAAGCAGCCCGUGGGUGUGUGCGGGUUCAUCACCCCCUGGAACUUCCCCGCCGCGAUGAUCACCCGAAAGAUCGGGCCGGCCUUGGCCGCUGGGUGCACGGUGGUCGCGAAGACCCCCGGCGAGACGCCGUUCACGGCCAACGCCCUCGCCGAGCUGGCGCACCGGGCGGGGAUCCCCAAGGGCGUCGUCAACAUCGUCACCGCCUCGAAGAACACCCCCGAGGUGGGUGAGGUGAUCACCACCCACCCGGAGGUCCGCAAGGUGUCUUUCACCGGUUCUACGAACGUGGGCAAGCUGCUCAUGAAGCAGGCGUCCUCGACGAUCAAGAAGGUCUCCUGGGAGCUCGGGGGCAAUGCGCCGUUCAUCGUGUUUGAUGAUGUCGAGGACCUCGACGCCGCCGUGGCCGGUGCCAUCGCCUCCAAGUUCCGCAGCUCGGGCCAGACGUGCGUCUGCGCCAACCGCAUCUACGUGCAGCGCGGGGUGUACGAGGAGUUCGCCAAGCGGUUCGCCGAGAAGGUCAAGGGCUUCAAGCUGGGCGCGGGCUUCGAGGAAGGGAUCACCCACGGCCCCGUCAUCCACGACCGCGCCGUCCAGAAGGUGGACGAGCACGUGCGGGACGCCGUGUCCAAGGGUGCUAAGGUCCUGGCCGGCGGACAGAAGGCUUCGCACCUGGGGCCCAACUUCUACGACCCCACCGUGCUCUCCGAGAUGAGCAAGGAGAUGCUCCUCGCCUCCGAAGAGACGUUCGGUCCCGUCGCGGGCCUGUUCCCCUUCGAGACGGAGAAGGAGGUCGUCGACCUGGCCAACCAGGCCGAGGUCGGCCUGGCCGGGUACUUCUUCAGCGGCAACGUCAAGCGCAUCUUCCGGGUGGCCGAGGCGUUGGAGGUGGGUAUGGUCGGUGUCAACACCGGUCUGAUCAGCGAUGUUGCUUCUCCCUUCGGCGGUGUCAAGCAGAGUGGCUUUGGCCGGGAGGGUAGCAAGUAUGGUAUCGAGGAGUUCCUGGUGGUCAAAAGUGUUACCUUUGGCGGAAUGGGCGAGCCCCUUCAGUCGUGAUUUGGGGCGUACUGUGGUUUUCAGCGCUGAAUUAAUGAAUGAAAUCCUGUCCGGGCAGGGACCUGUGACUGUCACUUAACGCAUGAUUGAGCUAUUUGUAGCUAUCUUGUCAAUGACCUUAUAAAGAGCCAACUGGGCUUACAAGUUAC